CUGGCCGCGCCGCCAGCACGCCAGAGCCGGAGCCUGAGGACACGCCAGCCCAAUCUCCGCCCGGGAUGGGGUCCCGCUCCGGGGCGUGUAGCCGCCUGGUCCCGGGGACCGUCUCUGCCGCGAGUGUCUGAAGCUCGGGAGGGUGGACGGCCAGGCGCGAGGGCCGAACCGCUGGCUGACCUUGGCAGAGCUGAUCUGGCGCGGCAGCCGUGGCGCUCAGAUGUUUUCAAGUCAGCAAAUGUUUACUGAGCAUCUACUAUGUACAAGAUGAACAUCUGCAACAAGCCCUCCAACAAGACGGCUCCUGAGAAGAGUGUGUGGACGGCGCCCGUGCAGGCCAGAGGACCCUCCCUGGAGCUGCCAGGCCAGCGAUCCCGCCGCAAUGGGUGGAGCUGGCCCCCUCACCCGCUCCAGAUUGUGGCCUGGCUGCUGUACCUCUUCUUCGCUGUGAUCGGCUUUGGGAUCCUUGUUCCCCUCCUGCCUCACCACUGGGUGCCUGCUGGCUACGCUUGCAUGGGCGCCAUCUUUGCUGGCCACCUCGUGGUGCACCUGACCGCCGUCUCCAUCGAUCCAGCAGAUGCCAACGUUCGGGACAAGAGCUACGCAGGGCCCCUACCCAUCUUCAACCGCAGCCAACACGCCCACGUCAUUGAAGACCUGCACUGCAACUUGUGCGAUGUGGAUGUGAGCGCCCGCUCCAAGCACUGCAGCGCCUGCAACAAGUGCGUGUGCGGCUUCGACCACCACUGCAAAUGGCUCAACAACUGCGUGGGCGAGAGGAACUACCGGCUCUUUCUACACAGUGUCGCAUCUGCUUUACUGGGUGUCCUGCUCCUGGUGCUGGUGGCCGCUUAUGUUUUCGUGGAGUUCUUUGUCAACCCCAUGAGGCUGCGCACCAACCGACACUUUGAAGUCCUGAAGAAUCACACAGAUGUGUGGUUCGUGUUCCUGCCUGCCGCCCCUGUGGAGACCCAGGCUCCUGCCAUCCUGGCCCUGGCUGCCCUCCUCAUCCUCCUGGGCCUGCUCUCCACAGCCCUGCUCGGCCACCUGCUCUGCUUCCACAUUUAUCUCAUGUGGCACAAGCUCACCACCUAUGAGUACAUCGUGCAGCACCGCCCACCACAGGAGGCAAAGGGGGCCCACAGGGAGCUCGAGUCAUGCCCCCCCAAGAUGCGGCCCAUUCAGGAGACGGAGUUGUACAUGCGGACCUUCAGCCAUGUGCGCCCAGAGCCCCCCGGCCAGACCAGGCCAGCAGCAGUGAAUGCCAAACCCUCCCAGCUUCUUGCUACCAGCGGCCAAGGGGAGCCUCCACCGCCCUCCUCCCCAGACACUGUCGCCCUGCCUCCCGAGAUCCGACCCCAGAAAAAGAGGAAGCUGCGCGUGUAUAAGGUUCCGAGAGCUGAGACCUUGGACCGGGUGUCCCCGCUGCCCAGGCUGCGGGAGCCCGGAGGCCCCGGCCACAGCUCCAGCUCGUCGACGGAUUCCGAAGGCGCCAGCCCGGUGCACUCCGCUGGCCGUGCCGGCGCCUACCACUCGGCGUCAGCCGAGUCCAUGGACGAGAUUCCAGUGGCGCAGACGCGCCUGGGCAGCGCCGCUCUGGGCGCCCCGGGGGGCAAGGGCCGGGAGCCGGGGCUGGCGCUGCAGGCGCGUGCGCCCGCCGUUUUCGUGAGCCGGAGCAGCGGCGAGCCCGGAGCGCGGGGCGGCCGGGAGGCCCGCCUGGCUUAGCUGGGCCAAGAGGCAGGAGGGCCGAAGAGGAGCGGCCGGCCCGACUCUCUAUGCAACACCCCACCCUCGCCGCACCGAGUGCACUUUAGGGGCCCCUACGGCCGGCGGGAUCGGCCUCCCUCCCCCUCGAUUCAGCAAUACCCGCCCCACCGGCCAAGAUGCUCCAAUAAACUUUUUUAUGCUUU